UUUUGCAAUAUUUCAUGUGGAAUCUUCGCCAUCAUAUAUUUGUGUUUGAUACGAAUCGAUUCAAUAACACUUUAAAUAGGUUUAAAACAUAGUUAAUAUUCUUAAUAUUCAUAAAAUCAUAUCCAUAAAAUAAUAUUUGAUUAAAAUAAUAUUUGAUUUUUCAUUUCGGUAAAAAUGUUAUUAAUGUUAACUGCCGAUUGUUUUCCUUUGGGUCGAGAUGUAUAUUUUAGAAAAUUUGAAUUAUAUCCAUUAUCUUUUCAACAUGAAGUUUCAAAUAAUAACAUGCUGGUGGCUGCUCCUUAUGGAGGUUCUAUUGCAGUCACUAGAAAUCCUAAAAAAUUAGUUAAAGUACAAGGAGCAAAUAAACCUAUGAUAUAUUUGUACACUUCUUCUGGAAAAUUAACAGCCAAAUUGCAAUGGAGUGGUGCUCAAUUAAUCCUUUUGGGUUGGUCUCAACAAGAAGAAUUAUUAUGUGUAGAAGAUGAUGGCAUGAUUCAUAUAUAUGAUAUGUUUGGUACAUAUCUACAUGCUUUUAGUAUGGGAAAUGAGGUAAAAGAUACUAAAGUUGUGGAAGCAAAAUUUUUUGUCAGUUAUAGUGGAACUGGUAUUGCAGUUUUAACAUCUACCAAUCGUAUAUUUUUAGUAAAUAAUAUAGCUGAACCAAAAGUUAGACAAAUAUCAGAAAUUCCUAGAUAUGGAGGACAAAUUGAAUGUUGGUAUUUAGUCCACUGCGACAGAGAAACACGUGUAAUUUUAUCAAAUAGAGAUGGAAUAUUUGUGAUACAUCAAUCUUAUCAAACUGCAACACAUAUACCAUUUGACAAUCUUUUUACCAGAUAUAAUAAAGUAAAUAGUGUGAUUGCAAUGGCUGUAUCUGGAAACAAUCGUCAUAUUGCUCUUUAUACAGACACUGGUCAUUUGUAUAUGGGUUCUAUAGAUUUUAAUGAAAAAUAUUGCGAACAUUAUACAAAUAUGAAAGAAUCAUUAGAAAACAUAGCAUGGUGUGGAACAGAAGCUGUAAUAUGUAGUUGGAAUAGUACCGUAAUGGUAAUUGGACGAACAGCCGAAACUAUAACAUACACAUAUGAUGGUCCAGUUCAUCUUAUUACAGAAAUUGAUGGUGUACGCGUAUUAUCUGGUUCUUCUCAUGAAAUGAUACAAAAAGUACCGAAUGUUGUACAAAAGAUAUUUCAAAUUAAUUCAACUGAUCCUGCAUCUUAUUUAUUAGAAGCUUCUAAACAAUUUCAAAGAAGAAGUCACAAAGCUGAUGGUUAUAUGGAUUUAGUUAAAGAUAAAUUAGAUGCAGCAAUAAAAGCUUGCAUUGAUGGAGCUAGUCAUGAAUUUGAUUUUGAAACGCAAAAACUUUUAAUGAAGGCUGCAAAAUUUGGAAAAGGAUUUAGUAAAACAAUUGAUCCUGAAUAUUACGUUAAUAUGUGUCGAACUUUAAGAGUUUUAAAUGCUGUGAGGCAUCCUGCCAUUGGAAUUCCACUAACAUAUACACAAUUCACUGUUCUCACGAGCCAAGUAUUGUUGGAUAGACUUGUUGCUAGACGACAUUACUAUUUAAGUAUACAAAUUGCACGGCAUCUUCAAUUACCAGAAAUCGAAGGGGAAAGUCGAAUAUUAGCUCAUUGGGCUUGCUACAAAGUAAAACAAACACAGUUAGAUAAAGAACAAAUAGCAGAAGAAAUAGCUGAUAAAUUAGGCUAUGCGCCUGGUGUUUCUUAUAGCGAAAUUGCAAGAAGAGCAGCUGACUGUGGUCGAAAACAAUUAGCAAUUAAGCUAAUAGAUUACGAACCACGUGCACAACAACAAGUACCACUUUUACUAACGCUUGGUGAAGAAAAAGCUGCUUUACGUAAAGCAGUUGAAAGUGGAAAUACCGAUUUAGUUUAUACUGUAAUACUUCAUCUCAGAGAAAAUAUGCCUCUUGGUGAUUUUCAGAUGUCGAUAAUGCAUUGUCCUUUAGCAAUGGCUUUAUAUAUUAAAUAUUGUCAGAAUCAUAACCGAGAAACACUUCGCGAUAUUUAUAAUCAAUACGAUGAUUUUCAUUCUCAAGCAAUAUGGUUUAUUACCGAGAGUUAUCAGCGAAAGAAUGUAAUGUCGAGAGAAGCAUUAUUACAAUCCGCACAGGAAAAUUUUAAAUUAGCUCGUAAUGAUACUAAUGCCACUUUGACAGAAGAGCAAAUAAAAUUGUUACGUUAUCAAAGGUCUAUGGAAGACACAUUACAAGAAAUAAUUGUAGGAAAACCACUUCAUGAUACUGUAAAAAUAUUAUUAUUGCGCAAUGAGUUAAAGUUAGCCGACAAAUUGAAAUCAGAAUAUCGAAUAUCAGAUCGAAGAUAUUGGUGGCUACGAAUACAGUGUUUGGCAGAACAAGGUGCAUGGAAUGAAUUAGAAAAAUUUUCUAAAAGUAAAAAAUCACCUAUUGGUUAUGAGCCCUUUAUUGAUGAGUGCUUAAAAUAUAAUAAAGACAGAGAAGCGAAAAAAUAUUUAUCUAAAGUAAAAAAUGAAUUGAAAGUAAAAUAUUUGGUUAAAUUAAAAAUGAUAAAUGAGGCAGUUCAAACAGCAGUAGAACAAAAAGAUGUUAUAGCAUUAACUUUUUUAUUAGCACAAUGUGAAACAACAGAUAGGCAAUUGAUUGAUAAAAUCAAUAUGCAUAUAACAAGUCUCAAAAAUUAAUAUUCUAUUACUUUCAAUCUAGCUUUAAAUCAUCAAUUAAUUAAGAGAAAUAUUAUAUAUACAUUCCAAAAUUAAAUAUCC